CAAUAGUUUAUAGUUUGAGUCGGACAGAAAAUAUUCAAAAUUCAAGAUGGCCAUGUGUCACUAUGGUUUCUUGGAGUGUUGUUAUUAACUUUAUUUGUUUUGUGUGAAAAAAGUGUGUAUCAACUAUGGCUGACUUAAGUGUUGAUGUUUCGAAGUUGCCUGACGAGAUCAGAGAUAAAUUAGCCGAGUUGGACUUGGAAUUAUCUGAAGGCGACAUCACACAAAAGGGAUAUGAGAAAAAGCGGACACGACUCCUCACACCGUACAUUCCACAACAACAGCCUCAAGCAGGUUGCCAACCACCCCGAGGUCCUCGAGGUGAUGGCGGAAGCAGUCGACAGCAAACGAGGAAUAGACGGACCCACCGACGUGUCACGCACAAUGAGAAGAGAUACCAUUCAGAAGUGAGGCAGGAGGCAGUGCAACAAGCGCUGGCCGAAAUGCAGAACCGGCCCAAACCCUCGCUGCCGAUGCCCUCGAAAAGGACCUCAAUGAUGGCCAAAAGCCCCGAUAGAGAGAGACACGACCUCUCGUCAAGUUCAGACGAAGAUUCGUGCGCAGGUGACACAGAGCUACCACCGCCGCCGGAGCUGGGCUCGCCGCCGGCGCGCCGCCCCGCCGCGCCGCACCCCCGUGCACACCCUCAUCCUCUCCCUCAAGCUCACCAAAGGGAGAAGAAACACGCACCCAGAGAGAGGACGGAGAUAGACUUAUCAGAUAUCACCCACUUACCUGCAUAUAUCCAACCAGACGUGACACAUACAUCGUCGGGCGCGCGGCGAGGGGGAGCAUUAAUAGCUGACAGAGUCCAGUGCUACUCGCAACCUGAAGACACGGGAACCGGAACCGGGAGGUGGAAGGUCUCGGCCAAAAUUCAGCAAUUAUUAAACACACUGAAGCGACCGAAACGUCGUCCUCUGCCUGAAUUUUACGAAGACGACGACAUAGAAUUAGAAAUAGCCGCGAAUCCUAAAGACCCUAACGCGCCAAAACCAGAAGGUGGGACCAUGACCCCAGCGGUUGGAGAACAACUAGUGGUCCCGGCUGGCCUGCCGAGAAACCUGGAAGCCGCCUUGCAACGAUAUGGCACAGCGUCAUUCAAAGCUAAUGUUGCCACCGUUCUGGAUCCAAAUGGGAAACUUAGUAAUUCGCUGACUUAUGGUAAACUUCUAAGCCGCUCGCUCAAAAUAGCACACGCAUUGCUCAACAAAACGUUCACAUCGAAGACCAGCAGUGGUGGUCCCUUGACCGGGGACAGUUCAAUCAAGCCUGGCGAUCGAGUUGCCUUGGUCUACCCCAACAACGAUCCAAUAAACUUUAUGUGCGCGUUCUACGGCUGCCUUCAGGCCGGGGUGGUGCCAGUUCCCAUAGAAGUGCCCCUGACAAGAAGGGACGCAGGCCUCCAACAGGUUGGAUUCUUGCUGGGCUCCUGUGGGAUACAGUACGCGCUUACUUCGGAUGCGUGUAUGAAGGGGUUGCCAAAAACGUCGUCGGGCGACGUUGUUUCUUUCCGCGGAUGGCCGUCCCUGCAGUGGGUGUCCACUGAGAAGUUGCCUCGCCCCCCUCGUGACUGGAUCCCCCCGCCGCGUCCCGCUGAGGACAGUCCCGCCCAUAUCGAGCACACUUCUGCCGCUGACGGAUCCGCAAUGGGCGUUAUAGUUACCAGGUCCGCGAUGCUAGCGCACUGUCGCAUGCUGUCGGUAGCGUGCAAUUACACAGAGGGCGAGCACAUGGUCUGUGUUUUGGACUUCAAACGUGAAACAGGACUAUGGCAUGCUGUACUGGCGAGCGUACUCAAUGGAAUGCACGUCAUUUUCAUACCGUACGCUCUGAUGAAAGUGAGUCCCGCGUCCUGGAUGCAUAUGAUCACGAAGUACAGGGCAUCAAUUGCAAUUGUGAAAUCCCGUGACUUGCAUUGGGGACUGCUGGCCACCCGUGACCACAAGGAGAUCUCACUCAGCUCGCUCCGGAUGCUGUUGGUGGCGGACGGCGCCAACCCCUGGUCCUUGUCGUCAUGUGACCAGUUUCUCUCCGUGUUCCAAACCAAAGGUGUCCGAGGCGACGCGAUCUGCCCCUGCGCUUGUAGUAGCGAGUCCCUAACUGUAUGCGUGCGACGUGCCGGUCGAGGGGGGUCAUCUGCCGGCCGCGGGGUGCUGUCAAUGUCAGGCCUGUCCUAUGGCGUAGUGAGAGUGGAUGCUGAGAACUCGCUUACAUCGCUCACACUGCAAGACUGCGGGCAGGUGAUGCCUUCAUGCGUUAUAGUAGUGGUGAAAAUGGAAGGACCCGCUUUCCUAUGUAAAACGGAUGAAGUUGGCGAGAUUUGUGUACUUUCUGGUGCCACCGGUUCAGGAUACUGGGGUCUCCCGGGUCUUACUAACACUGUGUUUAGGGUAAGACCCCUGGACUCGGAUGGAGAGCCAAUAGGUGAAGAACACUACGUGAGAAGCGGUCUACUCGGCUUUUUAGGACCAGGCGGCCUGGUCUUCGUAUGUGGUUCCCGGGAUGGCCUGAUGACGGUAACAGGACGCAAACACAACAUGGAUGACAUUAUCGCUACGGUACUAGCUGUGGAACCUAUGAAGUUUAUAUACAGAGGACGUAUAGCGGUGUUCUCAGUGAGGGUGCUUCGUGAUGAGAGGAUCUGCAUAGUGGCAGAACAACGGCCCGAUUGUGGCGAAGAAGAGUCAUUCCAAUGGAUGUCACGCGUACUUCAAGCGGUAGAUUCGAUCCACCAAGUGGGCAUUUACUGCCUUGCGCUCGUCCAACCAAACUACUUACCCAAAACCCCUCUGGGUGGUAUACAUUUGAGCGAGUGCAAGAGACGAUUUCUAGAAGGCACGCUGCAUCCGGCUAAUGUGCUUAUGUGUCCACACACGUGUGUUACCAACCUGCCGAAACCGAGGGAGAUACAUUCCGAUGUGGGCCCGGCAUCUGUUAUUGUUGGAAAUCUAGUUCAGGGCAACCGCUUGGCUUCUGCUCAAGGCCGUGAUAUGGGAUACACAGAUGACUCUGACGCUGCUAGAAAAUACCAAUUUAUAUCGCAGAUCUUACGGUGGCGAGCUCAAAGUACAUCAGACCACGUGAUAUUCACAUUGCUCAAUUCCAAAGGGACCGUUUCCAAAGUGCUCACGUGUGCGGAACUACACAAAAAGGCUGAGAGAAUCGGCAACUUGCUUCUAGAGAAAGGGAGAGUCAAUACAGGAGACCACGUCGCAUUAAUAUUCCCUCCGGGGCUUGAUCUCAUAUGCGCGUUCUACGGUUGUCUCUACGUCGGCGCUGUGCCGGUUACCAUCCGUCCGCCUCACCCGCAGAACUUGCACACCACACUGCCUACGGUCAGGAUGAUCGUCGAUGUCAGCAAAGCUACACUAGUCCUCUCCAAUCAAUCUGUGAUAAAACUACUCCGCUCCAAAGAGGCGAGCAAUGUUCUCGACAGCAAAGCGUGGCCCAUCACGCUAGAUACUGACGAUAUGCCUAAGAAAAAAUUGCCGAUCCUCUACAGAGCACCCACAGCGGAGAUGCUCGCAUAUCUGGACUUUAGCGUGUCUACCACUGGAAUGCUCGCCGGUAUCAAGAUGUCUCAUGCUGCGGUCACCUCGCUCUGUCGCUCUAUGAAGAUAGCUUGUGAACUGUACCCAUCUCGCCACAUAGCUCUUUGUCUAGACCCGUACUGUGGCCUCGGAUUCGCUCUAUGGUGCUUGAGCAGCAUUUACUCCGGCCACCAUUCGAUUUUAAUUCCACCGUCUGAAGUUGAAAUCAACCCUGCGCUCUGGCUUAGCGCCGUCUCUCAAUACAAAGUUCGUGACACGUUCUGUUCUUAUGGAGUAAUGGAAUUAUGCACCAAAGGUUUAGGCAGCUCUGUCAAUCAGCUUAAAUCGAAAGGCAUCAACCUGGCUUGCGUGAGAACAUGUGUAGUUGUCGCUGAAGAGCGACCACGUAUAAACUUGACCAAUUCUUUCUCAAAGUUGUUUUCAGCUCUUGGUUUAAGUCCGAGAGCAGUGUCCACGUCUUUCGGAUGCCGUGUGAACAUAGCUAUUUGCUUGCAAGGCGCUUCUAGUCCCGAACCGUCUACAGUGUACGUCGAUCUGCGUGCGUUGCGGAACGACCGGGUUUCGCUGGUCGAGCGCGGUAGCCCACAUUCACUUUGCUUGAUGGAGUCAGGGAAACUUCUCCCUGGAGUGAAAGUUAUAACAGCCAACCCUGAGACGAAGGGUCAAUGUGGAGACUCGCAUUUAGGGGAGAUAUGGGUGCAGUCACCUCACAACGCGAGCGGGUAUUUCACUAUAUAUGGAGAUGAGAGCGACUACGCCGAUCAUUUUAGUGCUCAAUUAGUUACGGGAAAUACAGGGGAGGUGUACGCGAGGACGGGGUACCUCGGGUUUUUGAGGAGAACAGAAAUAAGUACCACGGCCUCGAGCGGUGACGACACGUCGUUAAUGGCGCGAGAUAGUGAUACUGAGUCGUUGGCAUCUGCCUGCGGAAGUAUGAGUGGACUAUGCAGUGACACGCAUGACACACACGACGCUGUGUUCGUGGUGGGGGCACUCGAUGAGACGAUCAUGCUGCGCGGCAUGAGAUACCAUCCCAUUGACAUUGAGAAUUCAGUGAUGAGGUGCCACAAGAAAAUCGCAGAAUGCGCCGUUUUCACGUGGACAAACUUGCUGGUGGUAGUAGUCGAGUUGGAUGGUAAUGACAGCGAAGCCCUCAACCUGGUGCCGCUAGUCACCAAUACGGUCCUUGAGGAGCACCAUUUGAUCGUCGGCGUGGUGGUAGUGGUGGAUCCGGGCGUGGUGCCAAUUAACUCGCGCGGUGAGAAGCAACGCAUGCAUCUCCGCGACGGCUUCCUGUCAGACCAAAUAGAUGCCAUUUACAUAGCCUACAAUAUGUAACCUGGUACGUGGACUAACACUGUAUCCGAGGGUGAGUAUUCGCCAUAACCGUUCCUGUGAAAGAGUGGAUUUAGACUGAAACAAAGAAAAAGAGCUGAAAGCGCGUUGGUUUGUAGACUGUAUGCUCCUUAUAUUUGAUAUUUGUACGUUUAACUAUUGGAAAAGUAAAGGAAGUAAUGAUUAUUUAAAUUAAAUAAGUUUGGACUAAAAGAAAGAACACUCCUUUAUUGAUCUUUGUACCAACUUUUUUUUUAAAUUAAAAAGUAGGAAUGACGAUUAUUUACACUUUCAGUCUAAAUCCAUCUUAAAGGUGAGUUUUCUUCAAGAGUAUAACUUUGUAGUGUAACAGUUGAUUAAGGAGCGGUACACCAAUAAGUAAUAUGUUAUAUAAAGACAAGAACAUGCACAUGUAAUGUAACGUUGCUCGAUUACAUGCGCAUGUAAUAUAACAUUGCUCGGUUACAUGUGCAUGUAAUGUAACGUUCCUUGGUUAUAUGCACAUGUAACGUUGUUCGGAUACAUGCACAUGUAAUGUAACGUUGCUCGAUUACAUGCACAUGUAAUGUAACAUUGCUCGAUUACAUGUGCAUGUAAUGUAACCUUGCUGGGUUACAUGUACAUGUAAUGUAAUGUUGCUCGGUUACAUGUGCAUGUAAUGUAACGUUGCUCUUUUACAUGCGCAUGUAAUGUAACGUUGCUCGGUUACAUGCACAUGUUUGCGGUCAGUACUCACCCUUAUGUGACCUAUAGACAUGCAAUGUACAAUUAUUGGCAAUAAUAGCUAAAUACACCGUUGACUUUGUUCAGAUCAAUCGCUGUAAUUGCUUACUGUUCCGAGUAGAUCUCAAAUAGUAUAGUACAGUUCAAGUAAAGCAGCGUAUACACACAUUUAAAUAUAACGGACGUUUUCUAUUGUACGGUCAGUAUGUAGUUUAUAUUUUUUAAUCUUCAAAUGGUUUUUUAAUUGCACUCUAUUUCGAACGUGUCUACACGCGUGCGCUGGUACGCACACAAUACGAUACGACUAAACGGAUAUUGUUUGAAGACUGUAAAAGCUAAUAUUUAAUUUCUAAGCAUUAUAAUAUACAUCGCUUAUCUAAUCGAAAUUAAUCGACACAUUUGAUUCAGCAAUCGAGAGAAGACUGACGUAGAACUGAAGUUGAUAUAACAGGUAUAGUGCACCCGGACCGUGUUUCGAAUUAUCAAAUGGGUUGUGUCACAUUCGUGUUUGACAUGACUAUGUCGAAAAAGAUCACAGCUGGAAUUUAUUGCACUCUAUUUACCUCGAUAAGCACGGUUGUGUAAUCUUGUUUUUUGGAUAGAAACAUAGUGAUUUACAUCCGUUUAAGGUAUUCUAUUAGUGUAAUUGGAUUUGUUUAAAUUUGUCGGUAACAACAAAACAAAUUCGAGUGUUUCAAACUGCUCGAUAGCUGAUUGCUCAAUGUAAUAUUUUUCCCAAAUAAACAGGAGUCGCAAAACGAUAAAGUUUUCAAUAUAGUACGGUAGUCUAAAUUCCUGUCGAUUUUUUUAGGUCACGUCACUUUAUUCUUAGUUUCACUGAUGUAACACUCCCUUAAAAGGAUGUAAAUUUGGAUUUCGCUCUAUCUUCACGUACCCAAUGGAAUUAAUAAUUGCCACGUUCUACUACAGUAAUAAUGUAUGUAUGUACCUACUGUUAAUAACAGGCAAGAUGUAUGAAACGAACGUCCGAUAGUAAAUCUUUUAUCAAUGUGUGUACGAAUGAUUAUCUGAAUGUCUUGUUCAAAUAAUGCACCACGAUAUACACCAACUAUUUAAGUAGGGCUUAGACCUAACGUGUCAGGCGAUCCGGGCGACAUCUAUACGUUGCAGUUGCGUUAUGUUAAUGCGAUUUCCUUGUCAAAAUUAUUGUUAAUACGUAACUUAUUGAUUUAUAUAUUGAUUUAACAAUUUAUCAUUUCGCGUCCCCAAUAAUUGAGUGUCAAAUCAUUAGUACUAUGAUUGCUGUUAAUGUAGUAAUCUUUAACUUGGCUAGGAGUCAUAAUCGAUGAACUCGUGACGUUUUUAUUGUACACAAUUAUACUGUUGUGAUUAAUAAGAAUCAAGUAAUUACUAUGCUAGUGUACUAUGUAAAUGUAUUGUGUCGGUAAUUUAACUUAGUGUUAAUAAUUAUCGCUGAGUAAAAACAAGAGAACCUGCGUAAACUGCAAGGUUUCUGUCACUUGUCAGUGGUAGAUAUGGUAGCUACCGGAUAUAAAUUUCAAUAAUUAUAUAUCAUCAAAUAAUAUUAUUUCCUGGAAGAUUUUUCCCUUCGCAUAUAGCUUAUGAAAUAUAUUUUCCUUUUUAUUAAAAUAUAAGGCUCUUUAAAAAAGCUUUUUUUUUAAGGUCAGUAACGCUCUAGCACCCCAUCUCUUCUUCUCAUAGCUACCUCCCAUUAUGCGGAAUCUUCUUAUCUAAGGUGAUUUUACAGUAUUAAAGCACCAUUUACACAGUUUCGGCUUCGUAACCCCUCAGUACUCAGGCAUGAAGUUAAUAUUGCUUGUGUGCAUUUAGUACAAACUGACUCUCAUAGCUUCAUGUCAAACGUACCCAAAACUCAGUGUCCCUAAAACACUCUCUCAUAUGCACUUGUCGCCAGUGAUAUUGAUGUUCUCUCUCUAUCAUGACGAAGUUUUGUAUCGUGUAAAAGAAUUGUUUUAUAUAUAAUUAAUGAAUACAAAGUAUUAGUAAAUGCUAUAAUUUUUAAAAUCAUAUCAAUAUGUUAUAUGUACAAGACACAGAUUUCACUAUAACACAUGUAUGUAGGAACACGGUUAAUUGAAUGUACGCCUCUGACCUGGUACUGCCCUGAUGAUCCAGAGCAGGAAUGCCUCAGACACGACGUUGUGUGAACAAUCCUUUAUUUAUUUUUAUAAACGAUAGUUACCAAAUAUCCUGGUUGACUAGUGACACGAAGCUUGCAGUCUGCAGGUCCAUUUUGGUAAUGAUAUGCAUUUAAUGUUUUCUAGUUUUUAUUUUAUACGGUCGACAAUAAGUGUUUGGCAGGUUCCGUUCACAGAUCAAAAUGUGCGUAAAGUUUCCAUAGAAUAGUAUUGAAUAUGUCGUUGUAUUUGAUGACGAUGCCUUAUUGGACGCGUAGGUCAAUUAUUCCUAUGUUUAUUUUUUUUAUAUAAUGAAUCGUACCAGUAACGGUAUAGUAAUUUUAUUACAGUUUAUAUCAAUACACAAUGCAAGGUGGACGUUUCUAAAAAGAUUUCACGCUAUCGCUUUUAAGAGCCAAAAAUAUAGCCAAAUGCACCGAUACAAAUGAUUCAUUCAAAUUUCGUUCGUCAUCGUAAGAAUGAAAACAAAUCUCUACAACUACUUUUAGAAACGUUUUCCUUUCAUUCGAUUCGAUUUUUAAUUGCUGACGAUUAUUUUAUGUGAUUAAUAAAAUAUAUUACGUGAUUGAUAAAAAUAAAACAAAGAAUUUGAUUAAAUAUAUAUUUUUUUGUUAUAAUAAAUUGCAUUAACAAUUUGUAGGUUGAUUUUUAAUAGAUAUAGGAUAUGUGGGUAGCGAUAUACUUUCAGUAGUACGUGUGAACUUCUCCAGGCUGUUUAGAUAAGUGGCAAACAAUCUUACGGUAUAUUAUCGUUGCCGUAUGCAAAAAUUAUAAAUUAAAAAAAUUGCCGCAAAACUUUGAUGAUGUACUAUUUAGAAAUUUCAAAAUCUUUUUUGCGUAAUCUAUUCGUAGCUUGUUCUGUUCUAUACCUGUUUGUAGACGGUUUUGUAACGAGUUUUCUAUGUUUACUAAAUUUAAUAUAACUUAUCUGAAAGUAUACAGUUACUAGCUACUAAGUUUUUGAUCAAUAUUUACAAUUAUUACGUUACAAUUUAGUGAUUUAGCACUUCAAUAUUCUCCGUCGAGAUCACUGUUGUCUUUUUAUAUUGAUAUAUUUGUGCUAAUAUAAUGAUUAGAUGCAAAAAAAUGUUCAACGAUGUCGACUUGAAAUAUUAAUAGGCAGUAAAUAUAGUUAUUGUAAUGGUAACACUAAUAUAAUUGCUACAUUUUAAAAAUGUUACUUUUCAAUAAGUUAUUACUUUAUACUGCCAUACUAUAAUGUAUUUAUAAAAUACAAAAAAAAAAAAAGUAUAUUGAUCGUGGUAAAAAUGUAACUGAAUAGGUAUGAUUUGAUCAUGUUUAUUGUUGUGUGUUGUUUCCUUUCAUAUAUUUUUAAGUCUUGUAAGUAAUGUUUAUUUAUAGUCCAAAUCAUCAAAUACAAGGCAGGUAUAUCUCGCUACUGGCGUUGUUAAUAGAUGUUUCGUCACAGGAUAUCUGAUGUCAAUUUAUUGAGUACCUAUUUCAAAAUAAUACUUCUUUUUUUAUGUACCUGGUAUAAUAAUUGUUAUCCAUCUGUCUGUCCGUCUGUCAUGACCUAUUUCUCAGGAACGCGUGUGCGAAUAGGUAUUAAACUGGAAUCAGUAUCAAAUACUCUUGCGGUACAUUGCAAAAAACAAACUUCAACAAUCGAACAAAUAAAUUCAAACGUCGACGUAAUCAAUAGAUACGACCGUUUAUAUAGUAUAUUUUGACAUUCACAAGGGAAAUAAAACUUUUAAGGUACUUCCCGUGGACUUAAAAUCAUGAAAUUUGACAUGAAGCAAAGUCGUGCAGGUAAAAAUCCAUUGACCUUAAAUAUGUAGUUACAUCACAUUUUUUUUUUUUUGCUUUUAUAUACAUUUUUUAAAUUGUAAUUUGUACGUAAUCCUCGAUUUAUCUAAAAGGUAUAUUUUACACGUGACCACCUCAACUCGACGAAAUUAGUGCGAGACAUGAUAUUUUUUCAUCACAACUAUGGCUUUAAUUUAUUAACGUAUAUAAUCAAUUUAUGCAUAACUAUACGAUGUACUCAACAAUUUGACAAAUAAUAUACCCAUUGGCAUAUCUAUAUGACGGACUUUAGUAAAAGAAUUAUAAUUAUGUACAUCGUAAUCGGUAACUCGGUUUAAUCGAUCGAAUGUCUAUACUCGAUUCACAUAGACAUCGUUCGUUCUGUAAUUUCAAAUGUCGAAUCAUUUUUCUUUAAAUUUCCAUGUGUGUGUGUACGAACAAUAGAUUGUUGACAUGACUUUAUAAAUAAUUAAUUAGAUAAUUAUUUCUAAUUUAUGAAUUAUUCUUAAAUGGAAGUUGACCGAUUGCGAUGUACUUUGUUCACCUUCAUAUAUAAUUUACAUGUAAGAUUCACUUAUAUUAAGAAUCCAAUACAUAGUGCGGAUUCUAUCAUAUUAUUAUGUGAUUUCAUUCCAAUAUGUUUACUAACAACAAAUUACAAUAGGAAUAUAAAAAUCUGAUUCAAUUUAUUUUUCAAUUAUUUAGAUUCUGUUAUUGACAAUUCUUUUAUUUUAUACGAAUAAAUAUUCAUUUUCCUUAUUAUUCUUUUGUAAUUAUUUAUUGCUAAAUUGUAAAUAUAUUUUUGUUAUUUAAUUUUACGUUAAAUCAUUUCUGUACUUUAGCUAUUAAAUGUUGUUUUGACUAUAAUAAAUGAAUAAGAAUAUAAGAAACGUAAUGUCUAGCUGAUUUUGUACUAAAUCAGAUUAUCUUUUAGUUUGCAAAAUAUAAAUAUAUAAUUUUCAUGUUUAUUACAAAAUGUAGUCAACUUACUGAAUAAGUAUACAAGUAGAUAACUCAGUUCGGUGAACAAAUAUGUUUUAUAAUUUGUAACAUUUCAUUAUUGUAAUUGUGAAGUAUAACGUGUCUGUACAAGGCCCGAAGAUUAAGGUACAGUCCGCGACAAAAGUACCUAGCUGUAUCGUUGAUAUUAGCAAUAGAUAAUGAUGGACACCAUGAGUAACGUUAUUAUACUUUUGCCGGUGACUGUACAUAAUUUAAAGGGUAGUCGACACUGGUGUUUGCACUAUUAUUAAUAUAUUAUGUUUAUUUCACUGCUAUAGACAGUGGCACAUUCGUAAAUUAUGUUGUAUUACACUAUUUAAUAGGAUUCUAAAGGAGAUUGCACACUAGCGGAUACAUAGUACUUAUUAAUGUUCUUAAAAUAUAUCAGUGUUCAAGUAUGUAGUUGUUGUAGUAUUUAAAUAUUGUUCAAACAAUGUGUUCUUCUUUAAUAAUUAACAAGUUACACGAUUAAAUAAAAUGUAGAUGUUCAAGUGGGUUUUUAUUUCUUUUUGUCGUCAUUAUGUAGUUUACAUUAUAAAUAUGUAAGUUAGUACAGUACCGAUUAUAGGAUUAAUAAUUAACUGAAUUCCGUAUCUAAUUAAUAUAAAAAUAACUCAGAAUAAAAGCAUAAUUGAGAUUACUCUAGUAAUUUAGUUGAGGUAUGAGUAAUUUAGUAGUUAAACAUUAUUUCAGUUCUAGUUCUAGUAGUUACUAUAAGUUCAGCAAAAUUGUGAAUUAAUAUAGUCGAGUCGAAAGGUUUUAUUAUUAAAUCACUCACAUCUCAAUUAAAAGUAGAUAUUGGAGGGCGUCAUUAAUUUUUGAAUUAAUAUAUAACAUAAUUUGUUGUUUUGCAUUUUACGACUUGAUUCAUUAUUUGCUGAAGAAGGAAUUGAACCCUCUUGAAUAGAUUUAGGGUGAAAAGCGGAAUGACCCUCUCAAUUAUUGGAAUUAAAAUAUGAUAAUGCUAUUGAAUGCUUUUCAAAAGAAAUGUCUACAUAUAUUACAAGUGCGUAGCUACAAAUUUGAAUAUCGGUAUAAGAAAUCUCUGCUCAAUUGUUUCUAAGAAUGUGUUAGUAGACAUUCAAGUAGUAUUUUAUUUUUAUUUAUCAGACGUUAUCAAGCUCAAAUUAGCAAAUUUAAUUAAUAUUGUUAUCAAUUGAUUUUAUAUAUCAAUAUUCAAUAACUUUCAUUGUGCACUCUCCUUUAGAAUUUUAUAUACUAUGUAACACGCACAAAAUUAUUAUUUGAAAAAAAAAAUUGUGUUCAACAGAAUAAUGCAACAGAUUUGUAAAGAUUAUUGAGACAGUGUCAAACAGACAGAUACCGCUUGUACGAUUUGUGAUUAUUUUCUGGAAUAAAUAAAAAUGCAUUCUGGUUUGA